AUGAAACUGCUAAUCUGCCCAAUUAGACACAUAUGCACAGAAACAUCACGUCAUCGUGAACUAAUUACUGGUUUGAUGUUCUCCGUCAACAAAAGAACACCUAAUGGCGGGUGCGAUAUGAAACGCUUCAUCUCAUCACCUUUUCAUCAGGCUAGAGUUACUCAG